CCUCGCGCCCCGCCGGCCGCAACCUGGUUUGUUACAAGAAGGAGGAACUGAGGCAGAGAGCGGGAUUAGCUCUUUUGCCUUUGACCCACCACCCGAAAGGGCCCCGAAGACCUUGCAGAUUUAUUUUCUCGUUUGUAGACGCGUGUUCCUUGGAUGUUACCCGGUAGAGGGCAGGAAUACUGAGGGCAACUCCUAGAAUUUUAAGUCUUCUGUGUAUUUCCCAAACGGACUUUUGGCCAAUACCGGCAGCGUGGAUUUCGUGAGAGGCCCUGGCUAUUCUGUGUGUCCAUCAUGUACUUCCGCCGCGGGCUGAACCUGCUCUACCAAGGUUUAUUUACACCCGUCGGGAAGACCACCACGCAGCCCCUCUGCGCUUCUCUCGGCAGAGGUCUGGUGCUGAGUGCACAGAGGAGGACUCCAGAGUUGAGUAGCUUUGUGACACGGACCAACACAUGUGGGGAGUUGUGUUCUUCUCACUUAGGCCAAGAAGUCACCCUGUGUGGAUGGAUUCAGUACCGUCGGCAAAACACAUUUCUGGUCCUGAGAGAUUUCCAUGGGCUUGUUCAAGUUAUCAUUCCCCAGGAUGAGUCCGCUGCUUCAGUGAGGAAGAUACUAUGUGAAGCCCCUGUGGAAUCAGUGGUGCAAGUGUCUGGGACAGUCAUUUCCCGACCUCCAGGACAAGAGAAUCCAAAAAUGCCAACAGGUGAGAUUGAAAUCAAAGUUAAAACAGCUGAACUUCUGAAUUCCUGCAAGAAGCUGCCCUUUGAAAUUAAGGACUUUGUAAAGAAAACAGAGUCUCUUCGUCUGCAGUACCGCUACUUAGACUUGCGCAGUUUCCGAAUGCAGCAUAACCUGCGGCUGAGGUCCCAGAUGGUCAUGAACAUGCGGGAAUACCUUUGCAAUCUGCAUGGGUUUGUAGAUAUUGAAACGCCAACAUUAUUUAAGAAGACUCCAGGGGGUGCAAAAGAAUUUGUGGUUCCAUCCAGGGAACCUGGAAAAUUUUACUCUCUCCCUCAGAGUCCUCAGCAGUUUAAGCAGCUUCUGAUGGUUGGUGGUUUGGACAGAUAUUUUCAGGUUGCCCGAUGUUAUCGAGACGAAGGUUCAAGGCCAGACAGACAGCCUGAAUUUACUCAGAUUGACAUAGAGAUGUCUUUUGUCGACCAGACUGGGGUCCAGAGUCUAAUUGAAGGUUUGCUUCAGCACUCCUGGCCCAGGGACAAAGACCCUCUGGUGGUCCCUUUUCCUUCGAUGACUUUUGCUGAGGCUUUGUCCACUUACGGCACCGAUAAGCCUGACACUCGUUUUGGAAUGAAGAUUAUAGAUAUCAGUGAUGUGUUUAGAAACACAAAGAUUGGAAUUCUUCAAGAUGUGCUUAACAAGUCCCAAGGUACCAUCAAAGCCAUAUGUAUUCCUGAAGGAACAAAAUACUUAAAAAGGAAAGAUAUUGAAACUAUUAGAAAAUUUGCAGCUGAACAGUUUAAUCAGGAAGUCUUACCUGUAUUCCUGAAAACCAAUAGCAACUGGAAUUUUCCAGUUGCUAAAUCCAUAGUGGAGGAGCAAACACUGGAACUAAUUAGACUCCUGGAGACCCAAGAAGAUGUGAUCCUACUGACUGCGGGCGAGCAUACGAAAACGUGCUCUCUGUUGGGAAAAUUACGACUAGAAUGUGCUGACCUUCUAGAAGCAAGAGGAAUGGUGCUCCGUGACCCAGCACUUUUCUCUUUUCUUUGGGUGGUGGAUUUCCCACUCUUCCUUCCAAAGGAGGAAAGUCCCGGAGAGCUGGAGUCAGCCCACCACCCUUUCACUGCUCCUCACCCCAGUGACAUCCACCUCCUGUACACUGCGCCUGAAAAGGUUCGUAGCCAACACUAUGACCUGGUUUUAAAUGGCAGUGAAAUAGGAGGAGGCUCCAUCCGGAUUCACAAUGCAGAACUACAGCAUUACAUCCUGGCAACAAUACUAAAGGAAGAUGUGAAAAUGCUCUCCCAUCUGCUCCAGGCUUUAGAUUGUGGAGCACCCCCUCAUGGAGGAAUCGCCUUAGGAUUAGACAGACUGAUAUGCCUUAUCACUGGAGCUGCAAGCAUCAGAGAUGUCAUUGCCUUCCCAAAAUCAUUCCGGGGACAUGACCUCAUGAGCAAUGCCCCAGACCAUAUCCCCGCUGAAGACUUAAAGUCCUACCAUAUCCAGGUCUCCAGGCCAACAGACUCGGCGGCGGCAAAAAAGGACUCAUUGAAUCAUUCACCCCAGCCAGAAUGCUAAGCUUUGGGGUUUUGUCUUCUUCGGUUCCCCAGUGCUAAAAUAGGACCUGGAGCUCUGCCAUCUUUAGAUGGAAGGAAUCCAGGCAGCAUUCUUCACCACAGUGAAGAAACAGAAGAUGCCCAGCGUUGACUUGAUAACAUACAUCAUUAGGCAUUUGUUUUGUUGGGUUGGGUUUUUUUUUUGUUUUGUUUUAUACUUUUUUGUUUCUUUUUACUAGAAGUAUGAGAGGUGGUCUUUGUUGGAGUAAUAUAAUGGAUGUGUUUUCUAAUCAUGCCUUUCAUAGCCAAGUAUUUGUUCACUUAGAAUGCAGGUAAUCAAAUCAUGUAGGAAAAUACCUCAACUGUCAUCCAAAAGAGUCACAAAAUAGUAUACCGUAUUUGACCUUGAGCAAGUUAAUGUACAUAAGUUACAAUACUUGCCCUGAAUACCUUAUAGGCUUAUUGCUAGCUGAAUCAGGAGAUAGUGUAUGUGGGUGAUAACAUGAAUGAAAAUGCUUUGAAAACUAUAAGCAUUACACAAAUAUAAAUAAUAUAUUUUAGUAAGCAGUUAAGUCCAUGUUUUUUAAGAUUGACUGAUAUAUAUGUAUGUAAUAAAAGAAGAAAUUAGUAAAGUUA